GAAUUCGUUUUCUCCGUGAGCCGAACAUAUGAGAAACUGAGAAGGCAAAGCGGGCUACACAUGUCAGCAGACGGCGGCGACCCCUUCGAUUCUCUACCGGCGGCGAUCGCCGCCGACGUCCUCGGCCGCGUCGCCGACGGGGCCGACAUCGCGGCGUACUGCCUCGCCUCGCGGGCCUUCCUCGCCGCCUCCUACGCCUGCUCCCGUGUCCACCUCCGCGCCGCCGCGCUCGCACGGCGCCGCUCCGUCGCCCUCGCCGGAGGGGGCGGGGGCGGGCCCCCCGGCGGCUCCGCCAUCCGAGCGGCCGCCGGGAACGCCGCGUCCCUCCUCGGGCCGCACCUCCGCUCCCUCGAGCUCGACGCGUCCGAGGGGUGGGGCCACCCGGACGACGCGACGUGGGUGGAGGAGGGGGAGUUCGACGAGGGCGGCGACCUCCACCUCACGGCCCGGGAGGCCGUGGUGGCGUGGGCGGACACCGCCGCCGGCAACGCUCUCCGGGAGGUGGACGUCGCCGACUACUGGCCGCAGUCGUGCUGGCGGAAGGCGGAGGCGCUUCCUGUCAUCUCCCACUUCUGUCAUAGUCUUUUGAAAUUGCGUCUGAAGAACGCAUGGCUAUCCGUUGACGGGCUAAAGAUAAUGCCUAAUCUGACUCAUCUGACACUUGAGUUCAUUAGAUUAGAUGAUGAGGAUCUCAACAAAUUGAAUGAGUGCUUCCCUUGCCUUCAGAUCCUCAAUCUUAUUGGAGUUGGAGGGCUCAAGGACCCUAAGAUUCACCUUCAUCAACUAAAGACUUGCCACUGGGAGGUAUCAAAUGUUCCACGGUCAUUAACAAUCCGUGCGCCUAACUUGGUUCGUCUUGAGCUGAAAUGUGUUCGACCAGAUAUGCUCAUUUUGGAUACCCCAUCCAUGUUUACUCUGAAGUUAACAGUUGAUAAACUUGGACCAAAUGUCCAAGCCGAUGGCCUUGUGAGUUUGAAAAAUCUGCGGAUAGAGUCAUUGGAUCUAAAGUCCCUCUUGCAAGUAUUUGCAGAGAAUCAUGAUAUCACUACAUUAGAGCUUGAGCUGCCCACUUCUACAAACAAAUAUGAACUUUUUGAAGCAGUGAAGCCCGAGUAUCUUCUUCAGCUGUUUGCCGGCAUCAGCGAAGUCAAGUUGGCCCCUCGGUUUUCAUGUGAAAUGACGCAUUGCCUGAUGUUAUGCACCAGCAACCAGUUUAGAAGCUGUUUGAGGAGACUCCUGUUUCAUCUACCGCCAUUGAAGGAUGUUCCUCAUCUUGCACCCUUGUUUAAUAACUGUGCUCCAUCUUGCGAGGUGACCAUUCUUUUCCAUGCCGACUCCAGCGAUGAUAUCCGCCAAGCCGCGACAUCAGUUUGGACGCUAAGGUAUCCGGGGAUCAGAUGGCAGUGGGGUACCUGGAACUAAUCCCUGCAUAUGUGCAUCAACAUGAAGAUAAAGGAUCACAUGUGACAGGACUAACACUACAUCUCGCACCUUUUGUUAACAUAGUAGCCUCUUCUAAAGUAUUGCAAGCUGUUAUUCUGUUAGGCUUGCUAUUGCUAGUAGUACUGAUUAAUGUUGGUGAGCAGAUGGAUGCUCAAUUUGCUCAUAGGGCUUUGUUUGCCCAUAGCAACUGUGCGCAAAUGUGCCAAGAUAACUAACUUUUGGUUGUUUUCUGUGCUUGUACAUCCUACUUAAUGUUGGAAUUAUAUACUCCUACAUUAGAAUA